GAAAUUCCAUCAAGUCCGAAAAAGUGUCGGAAAAUGUCGAUUCCAGGCUUCCUGGAUGAGCCUCUUGUGCCGCCAGAAUCUCCAAGGUCGCCAUUGUCGUUCGAUGCGGAGUUGAAGACGUUGGAGGAUAUAGAUGUAGCCGCGGAGCGUGAAGCCAGAAUACGGGAACAGCAACGCCAGCGAUACGAGAAAGCAGCUGCCGGGCUACGAGAGAUCGUCACCGACAGCUCCUCUCUCUACGUCAACAUCUCCUCGAUCCGCAUUGCCGGAACCGAGCGAACACGCCCAGCAUUUCUCGAACAAGUCCUCCAACCCAUCCUCAACUCCCAACAAUCAGACGAAUGCCUAAAGUCCUCCCUGGAUCGACUACAAGAAACCGCAGAUUGCCUGAAACGGUUUGGUAUCUUUGACGAUAUCUCAAUAUCUCUCGACAGAGCCGAAAGCCCGCUAGCCCAUAUCCACGAUGUCGACGCAACACUACACCUCACAGAAUCAUCUUCACGUGUAUCAAUACAGCCUUCGACUCAUUUGUCUGGAUCAGAUGCCUCGGCACGGGCGAGGGUGAGUGUUGGACACCUGUUGGGCGGUGCGGAGGAGUUGUCAGUGGCAGCGGAGAUUGGGAAUCGGUCUCGAAAUGCGUACGAGGUGAAACUUGAUGCACCAUGGAAGGCGUCACCGGACACCCGAGUUUCUCUCUCAGGGUUCUCGUCGCAUCGGGAUAAUAGGGUGCAGAUGUCGUAUAAGGAGUUACAGCGCGGAGUCAAAUUAUUGUGGACGCACCAGGAUCCGGUACCAGGCAGCGCACGGCAUGAGUUUGGAUACGAAGCGACGUGGCGGACGCUGACGAAUCUACUCCCUACGGCAUCACCGAUCGUCAAAUCCUCCGCUGGUGAUUCCUUGAAGUCAUCACUCGUCCACCGGUACUCCCUAUCGACCCACGACAACGACCUCCUCCCAACAUCCGGCUAUUCCGUCCGGACAUUGGCCGAGUUGGCUGGUGCGGGUCCCUUGGGUGGUGACGCACAUCACCUCAAAACCGAACUCCACACCUCCACCGCCAACCUCCUCCACCACCCUUCACAAACAUCCGCAACUCUCGGUCUUCGCACGGGAUGUAUCUACGGCUUGAAGGGGUCAACAAAAGUCCAAGACCGAUUCCAUCUGGGUGGACCGAGUAAUGUGCGGGGAUUCCGGGAAGCGGGACUAGGACCACAUCAGCGUGGUGAUUCGGUCGGCGGAGAAAUCUACCUCGCCUUCGGCCUCGGACUCCAAACCAAACUCCCUCUGAACACUUCCUCAGAUCACGGCCUUCGUCUCCAAACCUUCCUCGACGGCGGCUCACUCCUCGCACUCGACCCCUCUCGCUCUGUCCCCCGAACUGUGGCAGAGUUGGUGACGAGACCGAGUGUGAGUAUGGGCGCGGGCAUAGUUUGGGCUGGAGAGACUUUUGGACAGCCGUUGAGGGUUGAGGCGAAUUUUGUGUUGCCGGUUGUGGCUAGGAGGGGGGAGGGUGUGAGGAAGGGGGUGCAGGUUGGGGUUGGGUUGGAGUUUAUGUGA